AUGAGCGAAUAUCAAACUGAUACAGAAGAUUUGCCGCCAGACUUAGCCGCUAGAGCCUCCUUAAGAAAAGGAUCUGUUUUUGCUGAUCUAAUAACAGUUUUUCGUCGAAGUACCUCAACAUUUCUUGGUGCUGAUGGUACAAGUGCUGGAAUUUUUGGACAUGAUGAUGAAGAGGAAGAGAGUAAACCGAUGACCAGACAGGUUUUGCUGGAUAAAAUACGGCAGAAAAAAGAGGUCAUCGGUAAAUUACGAUGCCAACCAUGGAGUAUGUCCAGGAAACGAAGAACUCUGAGGUUAGCACAGAAGUAUCUUGAACAACAUGAAUCACGGGUAUCUAAAACUCACUUAUUUAAAGAAGACGUCAAAAAGCGUUGGCAUGCAAUUUGUCGUUGGGCGGAUAAUAUAAAGAUCUAUUUGAUACCAUGGGAGGCCAAGAUCAAAACUAUUGAAAGUCACUUUGGAUCUGUUGUUUCCUCAUAUUUUACCUUUCUUCGUUGGGUUAUAUUUGUAAAUUUGGUUAUUAGUUUAAUUGUUGUUUCAUUCGUCGUCAUUCCUGAGGUAUUAGCAGACGCAGCUGCUGAUGAGGGUCGAAAAAACAGGACUGAAACCCGAAAACGAAUACCGGAAUCAGUUCGCGAAGUUGCUGACAGUUUUAUUGUCGUUUGGGAAUAUAAUGGUCAUCUCAAAUAUUCUCCAUUAUUCUAUGGGUAUUACAGUAGCGAUAGAUUUGCUAGUCGGGAUAAUAAUUACAAUAUUCCACUAUCAUAUUUCAUUAUUACACUUUUUAUUUUUGGCUAUAGUUUUUUUGCAAUUCUUAAAAAAAUGGCUGCUAAUGCUCGUAUGAGUAAGAUGGCGGGUAGUAAAGCUGAGCAAUACGUUUUUAAUUGGAAAGUUUUCACCGGUUGGGAUUAUACUAUUGGUAAUCCAGAUGCUGCAAGUAACACUGUUAUGGCAAUCAUCAUAAAACUUCGGAUCAAACAGUUCAGGGGGUUGUUAUUUUUAGCACGAGUAUUUGCAAAUGUGGUUAUCAUAUUAAUGCUUGCAUUCUCCAUUUACUGUAUCUCAUUUGCUGUCCAGGCUUCCACAACUGUGCCAGCAAUAGUUUCAACAAUUACACAUGUCUUUCCAAUGAUUUUUGACCUUAUAGGAAGGAUGGAAAAAUAUCAUCCAAGAACUGCAUUACGGGCACAUUUGACACGGGUAUUAGUAUUAUAUAUGCUCAAUUAUAUGACACUAAUCAUUAGUUUAUUUGACAAAAUCAACGAAAUUCAAGGCAAAAAUGAUAUAGACGGUCCAGGAAGGUUCACACGACAGCUCGGCGGUCGAAAUCCUGUUUGUUUAAGCAAGAAAAUUUUUUACACUACGCACUGCUCUUUUUCCUUUUCAAGCCGAAUUUUACAUUUAAGAACUGUUCUAGAAGAGUUGGUUAAACUAGUCACGAUGGAUCUCAUAAUAACCAUAGCAUCAAUUUUAAUCAUUGAUUUUUUUCGUGGCCUAUGGAUUCGAUAUUGCAGUUCGUGGUGGUGUUGGGACAUUGAAACCACUUUCCCAGAAUACGGCGAAUUUAAAGUUGCUGAAAAUGUACUUCAUAUAAUCAACAACCAGGGAAUGGUAUGGUUAGGACUGUUUUUUGCCCCUAUGCUGCCAGUUCUAAACAAUGUAAAAAUGAUUGUUCUGUUGUACAUUCGGGCGUGGGCUUGUAUGACCUGUAAUGUUCCUGCACGAGAAAUAUUUCGAGCAUCCAGGUCAAGCAAUUUCUAUUUGUGGAUUCUGUUGCUGUGGCUUUUGUUAUGUACAGUUCCAGUUUUUUGGGUUUUUGCUUCAAAAUUGCCAUCUGUUGACUGCGGGCCAUUUGCCAACCAACAACGCUACUACAAUGUUGUCACUGAUAUGUUGGAAAAAUAUAAAACAACUAGAAAUAUUUUUGAAGUACUUAAGGGAAUUGCCUCUCCUGGGAUUGUUAUUCCAACUUUAUUGCUUCUUUUAAACUCUACUCAAAUUGCAUUUAUUUUACAGGAAAGAACUGAAGAAAAGAAAAAAAUUUUUGAACUAGCGGGCGGCGGGACAAAGAAGAAGUCCGAUAUGAUGCGUUUCGACAAGAAGAAAAAGGUUGUCAGCUAUUUGCCGCUGGUUGAACAAAAGCGUCGUGAACCGUGGAGAGCUUAUUCUGGAGUAAACUUUUGCCACUGCAGCAUUUUCAACUGUUUUUUUUUGAGCAAAUUAGUAGGGAAAAAGGGGUACUUCAGUUUUAUAAAAUGA